UCGAUUUUUUCAUUCGUCCACCUGUAAUUCGCGAGGAAAGUGCAGUUUGCGCCCCGUGCGUUCGUAAAGUGCACCUACACGACCUACAGUUACGCGCCGCAACGCGUUCGAUCGUGAGGUGUAGUGAAGCGGUGCGCGCGACGCGUUACGACGAUUCUAACCUCGGUCGAGUUCGUGCAUCCUCGGCUACCGUGGCUACUGCCACUGUGCCAGCAGUCGCGCGUUGCUGACAGUUAUCAGCUGUUCCAGUAAAUAAACCGUCGCAUUUCGACGAUGGACGGCGUCGAGGAUGGCGCGCAGUCCCAUCAGGCGACCGACGAGGACGCGAGCGAGUCGGACAACGGCAGCGAGUGCCUGUCGCAGCAGAGCGAGGGCAACGUAAACUGGUAUUACAUGCCAGACUCGAUCCUCCUGAUUAUCUUCCAGUACCUGACGCCGAAGGAGCUGGUGACCGCGGGGGAGGUGUGCCGAUCAUGGCACCGGGUGUCGCGCGACGAGUUCCUGUGGAAAUAUAUAUUCUAUCGCACGUACAAGGUAGACCCGGACGUCGGCAUCAUGCCAGGGAAAACAUCCUGGUUAGGAGAAUUCAAACGUCUGGCAUAUCACACUCCUCUGAUAGAAACCGAAGUUCUCAAAGAGCAUUCGCAUCAGGUACUACACGUGAGCUUCUCACACAAUGGCAAAAUGUUUGCGACCUGCUCAAAAGAUGGAUAUAUUCUUGUAUGGCAAAGUCAGUAUCCAGUUACGAUAAAGUAUCUACACGACAUGAAGACAUUUAGUUGGAAGUAUACUCAAUUCUCUCAGUUUAAUUGUACAGAUACGUUGCUCCUCGUGUCUGGUGUCCACUUUGGUACACCUCACAGCACGUCGGGAGAAAUAGCAGUGUUUAGAGUAGCACCUGGCUUUGACCUUCAGUGUAGAGUAGUGAAUAAACCGUACGACAUAUUUGGUACAUGGUACAGUGAACGUUACCUUUUAAGUGGAAAUCUCCAUUGGCUGGCACAUUUAGUCAGCACUAGCGUAGUUUGGCUCAAUAAGGCAAACCAGGAAUCGGCCAGCGAGCAUGUACCCAUUAUGACGCAGCUUUUCAGGUUUUACAACGGGAAUGCUUCCUCAGUCAGAGCGAUCAUGGUCGCGAAUUGUUUGGCACCAGCGCCGGCCGAGUCCACGGAACAGCAGAACCAGCCUUCGUCCUCGAGCACGAAAGAAGAGAAAGGCAAUCCGCCGAGUCACAAGGACCUGUUGUCGCCCUCGAGCAAUAGCUCGCAGCAGCAGCAGCAGCAGGAAGAACCGGUGGUGCUUCACCAUGCCUCGUCGCGAUUACAAUAUAGUACGUUAGAAGGUGGAUUUUCGAACUGGAGAAAACUUGGUGACGGUUUUGAAUACGCUAGUCCUAUACAGUACAACCAGGAAUACAGGCAGGUUGAGAUGGAGAAGAAGGCGAACGAGAGCGACAGCGACAGCGAGAAUCCGCAGUGGGAAGAGGAUAGCGAGUCUGGAGAGUCUUCAAUAACCGAGGAGUGUGACGCGGACGAGCUGGCGAAUAAUCCGGAAAAGUUUCUUAUUUUUACGACCGGCUCGAAAACGUACACGCCGCAUAAAGUCGGCUUUAAGAGAAUUAAGCUGGUGAGCUUUCCAAGGAGAUUGGACCCGGGACCGUCGUUGCGCGAGAGGAUAGCUCAGCGACAGAGAGAGCGGGAGAGACAGAAUAGCGCGUCGAUGGACACCGACUGGCUCGAUUACGAGGCCGUGGCAGACAAAUUCGAUAAGAUAGAUCAUUUGAUUGACCUUCAUGGCCACAUCAUUGGAAUGGGCCUUUCUCCUGAUCAUAGAUAUCUCUACGUAAAUACGCGACCGUGGCCGAAGGGCUACGUCAUCACGAAUCCUCUGCAACCGCCACCAAUCGCGCAGGAGAUCGACAUACACGUGAUCGACUUGGUGACGUUGAAGCAAGUCGGCACGAUGUUGAGGGCGCACAAGGCGUACACGCCCAAUAACGAAUGCUUCUUUAUAUUUCUCGACGUGUGUAACGAAUACGUGGCAAGCGGCGCGGAGGAUAAGCACGGCUACCUGUGGGACCGGCACUACGGGAUUUGUUUAGCGAAGUUCCCUCACUCUGACGUAGUCAAUUCCGUGGCUUUCAACCCGCGCGAUCCCGAAAUGCUGGUAACGACCAGCGACGAUUACACGGUCAAGGUCUGGCGGAGUCGGGCGAUGGUGAAGACCUUGGGCUUGGACGAGAAUUCGUAUCGCAGGGGAAUGGAGGUGCGAAAGCGACGCAGGUUCCAGAGGAGCAGUAAUAACGUAGACUGACUAAAGACCAUCAAAUUUCCGAUUUAAACGAUUUAUUUUUACAAGAGCUUAAAGGUAAAUAUUCUCGCACUUAAGUUUGUACUAUACAAAAUCGUCCAGGAAUACUUAUUAUUGUGUGAGAAAGCACAAAUGAUCAGAAUCUAUUUUUCGAUCAUCCGGAAAAUGCGCACGUGUAGAUCUUCCUUUCUCAUUCGGUUAGUCGAGAACAUGAAAUCUCACUAGUACUACUUAAGAGUACUGUUUAAAAGAAAGUCGCUAGGAAUGUUGUUAAAGAUAGAUAACAUAAAGGAAUAUAUUGUCACAUCUACAAUUAUAACGCAAGAUUAGAGAGAGAGAGAGAGAAAAUUUUUAAAUUACAUCGUGUUUGCUCAGAGCAAUCAUCAUCAGACCAUUUUUUUAACAUGAUCUUGAAGAUAAUUCGCGUAACUGCGUGCUGUAAAUUGUUCGUAUCUCCGAAAUUUAUCUUCUGAAAUGAAAUUACGGAUUUGGAACUUUUACUGGGUGUGUGUGCACAAUGAAUAUUAAACGUUUUAUUACCGCAACGUUCACGAUGCAAUGCUAGAUUCUCUUUUUUUACUUAGUUUUAUCUUUAUGUAUAUUUGAAUUAUUUGUAAAUUUUAUCUACUUGUACUGAACAGGAAAAACAAUGAAUAAAUGUAAAUGUAUA